UCGUGUCUCCUUCUACGUUUCCGUGCGUAACAGCAGCUUCCUUCUGCAGCAGGCUACUGUGCAACAAGUUUGCAGGAGCUCUACUCAUCUGUCCGUGGCUGUCACCAUAAAGUACGCGAACGCAUCGUUGCAGUCUCUCUCUCUCUCAGACGCACGCACACAGCAACACAGCAGCACAGCAGGAGCAGCAGCAGCAGCGUGCCAUCCCUUUCGUGACUCCGCACCAGAUGCGGUUUACUCCCGGCGGCGCGCAGUUGAAUGCGGGGGAUCGAGAAAACAAGAGGAGCGUUUAGUGUGUGGAAAAGACAUUUGAAGAGAGUGGAGAAAUGGAGAAAGAAGCGAAGCGGCACUAUCGCACGACAGCGCUGAACAUCAUCUCGUCUUUAUGUUCAGUGGCGUCCAUCGCGUUCUGCGUCCAUCUGAGCAUCAGCGCGGCGGACAUCAGGAGCCGAGUUGUGGGUUUGGAGAGCGGGACGUCGGAGCGCACCUUCAUCCAGGUCCGCGGAUACUCCAUGGAGGAUUUCAAUUCUCUGGUGCAGCAGAGAGUGGAUGAGUUGCUUUCUCAGCGCUCUUAUGAGAAUUUCGCCAAGAUCAGGACGGCAAGACAAGCCUCAGCUGACUGUAACUGCCCCCCAGGACCUCCUGGUAAGAGAGGAAGGAGAGGCCGCGACGGAGAACCUGGUCCUCCUGGUCCUCCAGGUCCACAGGGAGAAAAGGGAGAUCAAGGUGACCAGGGACCACGGAUGGUCUUCCCAAAGAUCAAUCAUGGCUUUCUUUCCGCUGACCAGCAGCUCAUAAAGCGUCGGCUCAUUAAGGGAGAUCAAGGCCAAGCAGGACCACCCGGGCCUCCAGGCCCACCUGGCCCUCCAGGACCUAGGGGCCCUCCGGGGGACACUGGAAAGGAUGGACCCAGAGGUUUGCCGGGUCUCCCAGGUGAUCCAGGCCAGCCAGGAGAAAUUGGACUCAUGGGAAUUGAGGGGCCUCAAGGGCCAAAGGGUUCACUGGGGCCUCCAGGUAUUCCCGGAACAGAUGGACUGAAGGGAGAUGUUGGCAUCCCAGGACAGGACGGAAUCCCAGGGGCCAAGGGUGAAAAGGGAGAACAGGGUGAAAAGGGCGAUAUGGGUGAAGACGGACCGAAAGGUGACUUGGGCGAGAAGGGUGAUGCAGGCUCAUCUGCAGCAGGCAUCAAGGGCGAACCGGGAGAACCUGGGCGGAGCGGACAGAAGGGUGAGCCAGGACUUCCAGGGCUGCCUGGACUCCCAGGGAUAAAGGGUGAGCCAGGAUUCCUCGGCCCCCAGGGAGAACCAGGACUUCCAGGACUCCCAGGAACUAAAGGCGAGAAAGGUGACCACGGACCAGCAGGAAAGGGUGAUCGAGGAGAAAUCGGACCUGCUGGGCCAAAGGGUUCACAAGGAGAAUCUGGUAUGCCUGGACCUAAAGGGUCAAAGGGGGAUACUGGAGAUAAAGGAGAUUUGGGAUCUAUUGGCCCAAGAGGUCCUCCUGGGCAGAAAGGAGACAGAGGAGCCACUGAAAUCAUCGACUACAAUGGAAACAUCGAAGAAGCUCUGCAGAGGAUUACCACUAUUACAGUCACGGGUCCUCCUGGGCCACCCGGACCAAUAGGACCUCCAGGCUUUAAGGGAGAUCGCGGUCUCCCUGGUCUUCCUGGACUCGAUGGGGAGAGAGGUUUUAAAGGCUCCAAGGGAGACAUGGGAAUGCCCGGAGCGUCAGGAGAGAAAGGAAGCACUGGUUUACCUGGCUUACCUGGCGUUAACGGAGCAAAAGGAGACAAAGGAGAUCCAGGACUUCCAGGUCCACAAGGUUCAUCUAUAACUGGCCCUCCGGGGCCACCGGGACCCCACGGGCCCUCGGGACCCAUGGGACCCCAUGGCUUCCCGGGGCCUAAGGGAGAACCUGGUUUGCAUGGACUGAAGGGCAUGAGAGGGGAGCCGGGACACAAAGGAGAUCGUGGCCAUAUGGGUCUCCCUGGAGCCUCCGGCUUGGACGGCAAGCCCGGAAUUAGGGGCACAGACGGGCCUCCGGGUCCAGCUGGUCCGGCCGGGCCGAAGGGAGACAUUGGUGAGAAAGGUACACCAGGUGAGCCGGGACCUCGAGGACCUUACGGACUACCUGGAGCUGCCGGAACACCAGGUUUGGAUGGGUUACCUGGAUUAAAAGGAGAUAAAGGCGACGAUGGGGGGAGAGGAGAAAAGGGGGAGAAGGGAAAGAAGGGCAAAAAAGGGCCUAAGGGCGAGAAAGGAGAACAGGGUGCCCCAGGAUUAGAUGCACCCUGCCCAUUGGGUCCGGAUGGAUUACCAAUGCCUGGUUGCUGGCAGAAGUGAUCACUCUAACCCGAAACGCAUGGAGUUUGUAAAUAAUGCUUCUUUUAUGGUAUUUAUAGUUUUUUAAUGGGAAAAAAUAAGAGUCAAAAAGAAACAAGUCUAUGUGUGCAACAAUACAAAAGGAAAGAAAAAAAAAAAAGAUAACCGUCCGUAAGCUGCUUCUACUCACAUCGCUGUGUGGAAACAAAAACACGUGUGUGUGCGUCCCGCCGUCUCACAUCUGCUUCGUGAUGGAGUUCAGAUCGUCGGCUGCCGGCAGAACUCGCGUCUUUAGGUUUUUUGCAUGGCUCGGACUGGAGCGUGGCACUCCCGCCAGAUCCUGAGGGGUUGGAAGGAGUGAGACGAGAAGAAGUGGAGGAAAUGGGAUCUGGAUUGGCUUCUUAACACAAAACGCUAAGUGUCGUGUGCUGUUUUGUCUCCAUGAGCUCACCAACUAUUCAUGCGGCACCAUUCGCUCAAAGACUAAACAGAAAAAAAACGUACGAAAAGGGAAAAAAAAAAGACUGCACUGAGCUGACUGAACAUUGCUUUUCCCCUCUCGCAGCCCCCCGUCCCUUGAAAAAGCAUGAGUAGUGUACUAUAUUUAAAUGUAAUGUACAUACAUGUCACUGUUAUGUGAUUGUUUCAUAAUUUGUGUGGGAAAAAAAAAAAAAAAUCUGAAAAAUCAGAAGGCCCAAAGCUCUGAAAUGGUAACUUUUUCUUUCCUUUUAAUCUUCUUAAGGGAGUCACACCAUGGCUUGUAGCCUGAGUACCCUCCUUCCCCUUCUGAGAGUAAAGGUGUCAGUACAUUUUUUUGUUUUUUUUAUUUUUGCUUUAUUUGUGGCGAGGCCUGCCGAGCGAACAGUCUCGUCAGGCUUUUGCUGUUGCACUCAUGGGCCUCGACGUCGUCGGUGCGGCGCUUCCUCAGGGUCGCGUAUCUCCUGGACAAGAGUCUCGGCGAGAGUCUCUGCACUGGCAGGAAAACCAAUCAGUCUCGCGCAGUUUGGAUUGGAGCCUGGUCAGGCGUGCUUGGUGAGCACGGGAAAAGGAAAUGGAUUCUGCAGGAGAGAGAGUCGCUCGUCGUCCUCCCUGCGAGACGAAACGGGAGACGCUUCGAGAUCUUCUGAGAACGUUGAUAGAAUGCAGUUGUGAUGUUUUUCUUUAUUCUUUUUUUUUAUUUUAUUUUACUUUUUUUUUUUUUUUUUUUUACACAUUUGUAUUUUCUGUAAUAUAGCCUUUGGUGCCUCAAGCUUUUAUUCAUUCCUUUAUCAAAAGAGUUUAUACUUUACUUUUAACCAUUUGAGUGGUGUUUAUUUUAAAAUGAAGGAGACAUUUUGUUUGGGGAGGACUGAAAAGACGUUGCGCACUGUUUUUUUUGUUUCGAUUUGUUUCGUCUUCACCGAGAAUAACUCCAUCUGAUUAUUCAGCAAGUUGGCAUUGAUUUCAACCGUAUAUCCGCUAAAGCUGCUUAGUGUUUGCAUAAAACAUUGCGCGGCAGUGGAUGGAAGUAGCUGAAAGUCUCACUUUUCUACAUGGUUUACUCGUGAGGCUGAACUGCACCACGGCAACAUUAUUCCAGGGACGUCUCCUCUCACACAACUCAAAUUCUGCAAGUUUAUAAGUUACUCUUGGUAUUGAAAACUCGCUUGCAAAUAUGCUGAAGUUGCAAGAGAUCUUGUGUACAGUGUGGUUAAGUUUUCUGCAUGAACACCGUUUAGACAGUGUAGAUUUAAAAAGAUCAUUUUUUGAUGGAGUGUAUCCAAAGGCUAUUUAAGUCCAUUUAAGGUCUAAAGUAGAAAAGGUUAAUGUCAACAUAAUAGUCUAUAGCAAGCUUCUUUACACCUAUACAUCUUCUAUAUUGUCUUACAUACUGUAUAUGGUGACAAUAUAUAUAUAUUGAAGUACAGGACAUUAAUCAUCUUCCACCAACACCAGUCUGGCCAGUCGUAUCACAUUCCUCAUCACAUGGAGCAAACAUGAUCAGAAUUUAGGAUUGAUAUUUAUUUUAUCACACAAGUCCAUUUACCUUUUCAUAUUUCCAGCAUUAAAAUUUGUUAUUUUGACAACGUAGGUGCUAUGCAAGGUAAUAGUUUUUUUUGUUUUUCUUCACGUAUAGUGCAUUUCAAAAGUAUUAAAAGCCCUUCUCGUAUCAUUACAUUUUGAGUUGUAACAACAAAAAUCCUUAAUAAAUUUCAUUGGGGUUUGUUGUAAUUGAUCAGAGCGAAGUAGUGCAUGAUUGGGAAGUGGAAGGUAAAUAAUUUUCAAUGGUUUUCAUUGGGAUUUUUGGAGGUAAAAGUUUGAAAAGUGUGGUUUUCACAUGUAUUUGGGAUCCUAAUUGAUUUUUUUUUGUUGAGCAACCCUUCCAUAAACAUAGUGACAUCUAGAAUAGAGCUGCACAAUAUUAAAAAAGCCUAAUUGUUAUUUUCAGAAUAGCAUAGAGAUUAAAUUAACAGAUUUAAUUAACAGAGCAAAACCAGCUAAAUACAUGUGCACGGCACACUUUCAAAGUAUUGAUUUGGAAAAAGCAAAUGUAGAAACCAUGUGUCACUCAUCCACUUAAAAGUUGUGCACCGCUUCGUGUUGAUUUAUUAGAAAAUACGUUUAACCCUCCUGUUAUGUUGCGGGUCAAUUUGACCCGUUUCAAAGUUUAAAAAAAAUUUUAUCCCAAAAAUAUUGAAGUUUGACAAGAUGUGAAAGAGUUCCAGGGGUGUACAAACAUUUGCAAGGCACUGUACAGUCAGAUCUUAAUCAUUUACUGUAGGAGCAGAUGUGGUAAUGGCAGGUCGAUCUGUGAGGAUGUUUCUGUUUAACUGUUCAUCUCAUCAUGAUGAAGAGUGGAUGCACAUCUGUACAAACCAGUUAUUUUUAACCAUACCAGCAGCUACAGCUAAAAAAAACUGAUUUCUUUACAGCUGUUGGGGGUUUAUGUAUGUCUAAAAUAGUUUUUUCUUCUUUUUUUUACAUUUAUUUGUGUAUUUGUUUCAGUAUUCUAAGUGGUGCAUUAUUUAUUUUUCUACAGUUUUCUUUUUGUAAAUGAAGGCAUUUUGUUGGGUUCUGAGCAGCAUUCCUUUUUAGUUUCUGAUGCCAGUUUUUUGUGUUGAUAUGACGGAACUUUAAGCUCAUAACGAGGCAUCGUAAAACAAACCUGCAAACGUAACAUUGGCAGAAAUUGAGAGGGCAUCUGCAUCUGUUAUUGUAAUGUGUACUUAAUGUGCAUUUAUAGGCCUUACAUCACACGAGUACAUCUGCUUCGUCUAACUUGGUGUGUGUCAACUCUGACGACACGCCGAUUAUAAAUUCAUGACGGCCUUGUCUCACGCUUUUUUUUUUAUCCUUUUCUUUUUUCUCUCUUUGUCUCUUUACAUUGAAUGUAGUUUGAUAUAUAUGUAUAGUGGAAUAUUAAUGUACUGUUGAGAUGUGCUCAUUUGAUAUAAAGUGCAAUUUAUACUUUGGUUCAUGCGUGUAGCAUCAAAUGCUGCUUAACUAUCACACUACAGUGGUUUUCUUUAGCUUCAUUUGUUCAGCCGUGCGACCCUGUAUACCACUACCUGGAGACAUGGAGGAAUAUGUACACACAGACUUUUAAUUAAAUCUUAAUUUACAGGA